AUGCCAAAAGUUAGUAAAUUUGGAAAGAUGGCAAAAGCUUUCGGUGACAGUACCAAAGACAAAAUUAUCGUUGUUAACUUUGUUCAAGAUCCACUUGGUGUAUUGGAAGAGACUUUGACUGAUCCUGAAUUUAUUGGAUCAUGUAUUACUACUGCUCUUGAAUGUGUUCCUGGUGUAGGUCCAAUUUUAGCAAGUGUAUUCUCAUUGUUUUGGCCUGCUGAUCCAAAGAAAGCAGUCACUCAAGAAGAAUUGGACAAGAAAUUGGAGGAAUUUAAAACUGAAAUGAUUGGUAUAAUGGAUUCAAAGAUCCAAGAAAGUGAAGUUAAAACUUCGGUACCUAUCCUUCAAGACAAGAUCAAUACACUCAAACAUCGUUUAGGUGAAGAUGGAAAGGCAAACCCUACACUUAAAACCUAUGUCAGAGACGUAUUGGAACUUCAAAGAGUACAACUUAAGACUAUUAUCCAUUUCUGUGGAUCUAAAGGUUUCCGUAAGGAUACUAUCAAAAUUUAUCAAGAUACUUUAUUCAUGUACAUCUCUGUAAUGAAUGUAUUAAAUACAUGGUGGUAUCAAUUAGAAGUUGAUGAAUACUUUAUCAGUGGAAAGGCUGGCAAUAAAAAUGGAGGCGAGGUCAAGUCAUUGAGAGAAAGAAUGCAUAUUACUGUACUAAAAGGUAUUACCGAUAUUGCAGCUGGUGCCAGAGAGAACAAAAGAGACCUGUUGACACCUCAACUUCCAGACCUCGAACACGCCUACAUCUAUCGUGUCGAUGCUGCCUAUUUCUACCCAGGUCAGAAACAAGAUUACAUGGAAGGUAGACGAAAUUUCCCACCAAGUAUCGAACCAGUAUCUGGAUGCUACGGUCUCUAUCCAACUCCAGGAACCAAUCUUCCAGUCACCACCAAAGGUGGCAAGAGAAAGGUGCAAGUUCGUGUAUUGACUGCCACUCCUUUGGCCAAAACAACCAUGCAAUGUCAUCUCCCCAGAGAACCCAGUCAAUGGGAGGGUCAACCAAAAAUGAAUAGAACUAUUUGUGAUAAGUUUGGAGUAGUUGUGGAUUCUGAAUAUUCAACCAGUGGAUUUGCUUGGAGUCAAUUGAUGUACGUUGACAAGUUUACACUUGACUUCAGUGGCUACAGUUUGAUGGUAGGCAAAAAUUUUAAAGAAAGAGUAUUGUUUGUUGAAUUUAUCGUUCACGAUAAAGCGGACAAAAAACCAUUGACCAACAUCCCCCCACUACCUGCUGAUAAUGAUGAAUUUGAACAACCAGAUUGGGAACCAAACCUUAACAUGGGUUAUAUAGGCACAUUCUAG